AUGAAUCCGCAAUCAUCGAGGGUACGAAGCCCAGCAGACGUCGGUGGACCGUCCACAUCUCCGCCACCACUGCCAGAAGGAUGGCUCGCACAAUGGGAGGGAACUCUUCGAAAAUGGUACUUCGUGCAGCCUGCCACAGGAAAGUCACAAUGGGAAGUUCCCACUGAGCCUUUUAUUCCCACGCCGUCUUCUACCCCUCACUCUAUUGCAAGUCCCGGUCCAUACCAUGCCCCACGCGCGGCAAGCCUGGCGCCCUCCGAGACUGAAGCGGCUUCAAGAGAGUUUCAAGAACUGAGAAGCGGAAAAUGGCCGGGUAGCGGCAGCUUCUCUAACAAUUCAUUUGGAAGUAUGCAGCCUUCACCGUAUCAACAGGUUUCAACCCCCGGAUCGCAACGCACUCCAACUCUCAGUGGCACACCCACAAUGAGUGAUCAAAUGCAGUCCUCUCGUCCGUCCAGCCAGGGCAUCCUCGGACAGGUUGCAUCUGAUCUAGCCAGCCGAACCAACAAUGAUGAAAUGGUCGAUGUUCAACAGACCAAUACCCCCAACCAAUACACGUGUCCUCCAUCGUAUAGUCAGGUCCAAGGUACAUCAAAUCAAGUCCAAGAUGUCACCAUGGGACAAGAGACAUCGCAACUGCAAAAUGAAAACACAGGUGCAGGCACAUCUUUUACACCCCAGCAGAGUCAAGCCCCAGCUUAUGCCACCCCGGAUCAUGGCCAGAUACCCCAAGGAGCGCCCAUUCCAUCUAGUAUUCCUGGUACAGCCCCAAUGGCCCAAUCCCACGGAGAAAGCCAGCCUGCAAUGGUCCAGCCAAUAAGUAGUGCCCCAAUGGAGCCCGGUGCCCAGUACCAAUACUUUCCUGGACAGACACCCCCAGCGCAGCAAGGGAUGAUGCCUUAUCCCACCCAGCCGCAUCAGCAGCCGGAUCCAUAUUACCAGAAAGGCCCUAUUCCUGUUCCACCAGGCCAGUUUCCGUCUAGGAUCGCACCAGGCUCUCAGCCAAAGGACAAUGGCAUUACCGUAAUCCACCCGGAUCCAAAUGCGGCUCCCCUCUUUCCAACCCGCUAUAGCGAUGCAGAGCGCCGUCGCCAGCAAGCGGGGAUGCAAAGUGGGUACAAUAGCCGUACACCCCCAGGCCAGGCCUAUCAAGUGCCGGCAGGAGGUGGAUAUACCCAGAAUACGGCACCCAACCAGGGAGGAUAUUCCCAGUAUGACCAGUAUGCCCCGAGAAGUGGCCAGAGACAACCCAGCCAGGGAAGUGGUCCUCCAUGGGAUUAUGAUAGGAGCCAGCCAGAGCCUCAAGGAGGAUACCCGGUUCAUGCGCGUUAUACGCCGCCUCAGCAGCACCAGCACCAGCCACAGCCCCAGGCGCAGCAUUACAGAGCAGAUAGUGGAGGAUAUUCUGGAGGAUGGGGCAGAUGAUUAUUGGCAUUUUUUAUUUAGUUUUCUUUUAUAUGUGCUGUUUUUUUUAUGAUAAUUAUGGUCAUGGUGGAUGAUGUUUAUUUGGGGGGUUUCUUAUUUCAAGAGUAACUAAUAUAUCACGGCCAUUGGGACUUGCAAAGAAGAUACGUAGCAAUGCAUGUGAGCGAUGAUAUCCACGGGCUUAA